GAAAACUGGCUAGCCAUGUGCAGAAAGCAGAAACUGGACCCCUUCCUGACACCUUACACUAAAAUUAACUCCAGAUGGAUUAAAGACUUAAACAUAAGACCUGGCACCAUAAAAACCCUAGAAGGAAAUCUAGGCAAAACCAUCCAGGACAUAGGAGUAGGCAAGGACUUCAUGAACAAAACACCAAAAGCAUUGGCAACAAAAGCCAAAAUAGACAAAUGGGACCUAAUGAAACUCCACAGCUUCUGCACGGCAAAAGAAGCAGUAACUAGAGUGGAUCGGCAACCAACAGAAUGGGAAAAAAUUUUCGCAGUCUACCUAUCUGACAAAGGGCUGAUAUCCAGAAUUUACAAAGAACUCAAACAGAUUUAUAGGAAAAAAACAAACAAGCCCAUUCAAAAGUGGGCAAAGGAUAUGAACAGACACUUUACGAAAGAAGACAUAUAUGAGGCCAACAAUCAUAUGAAAAAAUGCUCAUCGUCACUGGUCAUCAGAGAGAUGCAAAUCAAAACCACAUUGAGAUACCAUCUCACGCCAGUUAGAAUGGCGAUCAUUAAAAAAUCUGGAGACAACAGAUGCUGGAGAGGAUGUGGAGAAAAAGGAACACUUUUACACUGUUGGUGGGAGUGUAAAUUAGUUCAAGCAUUGUGGAAGACAGUGUGGCGAUUCCUCAAGGCCUUAGAAAUAGAAAUUCCAUUUGACCCAGCAAUCCCAUUACUGGGUAUAUAUCCAAAAGACUAUAAAUCGUUCUACUAUAAGGACACAUGUACACGAAUGUUCAUUGCAGCACUGUUUACAAUAGCAAAGACCUGGAAUCAACCCAAAUGCCCAUUGAUAAUAGACUGGAUUGGAAAAAUGUGGCACAUAUACACCAUGGAAUAUUAUGCAGCAAUCAGAAAUGAUGAGUUUGUGUCGUUUGUAGGGACAUGGAUGAAUCUGGAGAACAUCAUCCUCAGCAAACUGACACAAGAACAGAAAAUGAAACACCGCAUAUCCUCACUCAUAGUUACAGAUGUAGAGCUAAAACGACUGAAGGAUGCCUUCAAGAGGACCUGUGGACUCUCAUAUUACAUGGGCCAGCACUGCUUCAUCAGAGAAGUGCUUGGGGAUGGAGUGCCUCCAAAAGUCGCUGAGGUGAUUUACUGUUCUUUUGGUGGAACAUCCAAAGGGCUGCACUUCAAUAAUUUAAUAGUUGGACUUGUCCUCCUUACAAGAGGCAAAGAUGAAGAGAAAGCAAAAUACAUUUUUAGUCUUUUUUCAAGUGAAUCUGGGAACUAUGUUAUACGGGAAGAAAUGGAAAGAAUGCUCCAUGUGGUGGAUGGUAAAGUCCCAGAUACGCUCAGGAAGUGUUUCUCAGAGGGUGAAAAGGUAAACUAUGAAAAGUUUAGAAAUUGGCUUUUUCUAAACAAAGAUGCCUUUACCUUCUCUCGAUGGCUUCUCUCUGGAGGUGUGUAUGUUACCCUUACUGAUGAUAGUGAUACUCCUACUUUCUACCAAACUCUGGCUGGAGUCACACAUUUGGAGGAAUCAGACAUCAUUGAUCUGGAGAAACGCUAUUGGUUAUUGAAGGCUCAAUCCCGCACUGGACGAUUUGAUUUAGAGACAUUUGGCCCAUUGGUUUCACCACCUAUUCGUCCAUCUCUAAGUGAAGGUUUGUUUAAUGCUUUUGAUGAAAAUCGUGACAAUCACAUAGAUUUUAAGGAGAUAUCUUGUGGGUUAUCAGCCUGUUGCAGGGGACCCCUGGCUGAAAGACAAAAAUUUUGCUUCAAGGUAUUUGAUGUUGACCGUGAUGGAGUUCUCUCCAGGGUUGAACUGAGAGACAUGGUGGUUGCACUUUUAGAAGUCUGGAAGGACAACCGCACUGAUGAUAUUCCUGAAUUACAUAUGGAUCUCUCUGACAUUGUAGAAGGCAUAUUGAAUGCACAUGACACCACAAAGAUGGGCCAUCUUACUCUGGAAGACUAUCAGAUCUGGAGUGUGAAAAAUGUUCUUGCCAAUGAAUUUUUGAACCUCCUUUUCCAGGUAUGUCACAUAGUUCUGGGGCUAAGACCAGCUACUCCAGAAGAAGAAGGACAAAUUAUUAGAGGAUGGUUAGAACGAGAGAGCAGGUAUGGUCUGCAACCAGGACACAACUGGUUUAUCAUCUCUAUGCAGUGGUGGCAACAGUGGAAAGAAUAUGUCAAAUACGAUGCCAACCCUGUGGUAAUUGAGCCAUCAUCUGUUUUGAAUGGAGGAAAAUAUUCAUUUGGAACAGCAGUACAUCCUAUGGAGCAGGUCGAAGAUAGAAUUGGAGGCAACCUCAGUUAUGUGAAUUCUACGGAAGAGAAGUUUUCAGACAACAUUUCUACUGCAUCUGAAGCCUCAGAAACUGCUGGCAGUGGCUUUCUGUAUUCUGCCACACCAGGGUCAGAUGUUUGCUUUGCUCGACAACAUAACACUUCUGACAAUAACAACCAGUGUUUACUGGGAACAAAUGGAAAUAUUUUGUUGCACCUUAACCCUCAGAAACCAGGGGCUAUUGAUAACCAGCCAUUGGUAACUCAAGAACCAGUAAAGGCUACAUCAUUAACACUAGAAGGGGGACGAUUAAAACGAACUCCACAACUGAUUCAUGGAAGAGAUUAUGAAAUGGUUCCAGAACCUGUGUGGAGAGCACUUUAUCAUUGGUAUGGAGCAAACCUGGCCCUACCUAGACCAGUAAUCAAGAACAGCAAGACAGACAUCCCAGAGCUGGAAUUAUUUCCCCGCUAUCUUCUUUUCCUGAGACAGCAGCCUGCCACUCGGACACAGCAGUCUAACAUCUGGGUGAAUAUGGGUAUGAUGAGCCUGAGAAUGUUUCCUCAGCAUUUACCGAGAGGAAAUGUACCUUCUCCGAAUGCACCUUUAAAGCGAGUAUUAGCCUAUACAGGCUGUUUUAGUCGAAUGCAGACCAUCAAGGAAAUUCACGAAUAUCUGUCUCAAAGACUGCGCAUUAAAGAGGAAGAUAUGCGCCUGUGGCUAUACAACAGUGAGAACUACCUUACUCUUCUGGAUGAUGAGGAUCAUAGAUUGGAAUAUUUGAAAAUCCAGGAUGAACAACACUUGGUAAUUGAAGUUCGCAACAAAGAUAUGAGUUGGCCUGAGGAGAUGUCUUUUAUAGCAAAUAGUAGUAAAAUAGAUAGACACAAGGUUCCCACAGAAAAGGGAGCCACAGGUCUAAGCAACCUGGGAAACACAUGCUUCAUGAACUCAAGCAUCCAGUGUGUUAGUAACACACAGCCACUGACACGGUAUUUUAUCUCAGGGAGACAUCUUUAUGAACUCAACAGGACAAAUCCCAUUGGUAUGAAGGGGCAUAUGGCUAAAUGCUAUGGUGAUUUAGUACAGGAACUUUGGAGUGGAACUCAGAAGAAUGUUGCCCCAUUAAAGCUUCGGUGGACCAUAGCAAAAUAUGCUCCCAGGUUUAAUGGGUUCCAGCAACAAGACUCCCAAGAACUUCUGGCUUUUCUCUUGGAUGGUCUUCAUGAAGAUCUCAACCGAGUCCAUGAAAAGCCAUAUGUGGAACUAAAGGACAGUGAUGGCCGACCAGACUGGGAAGUAGCUGCAGAGGCCUGGGACAACCAUCUAAGAAGAAAUAGAUCAAUUGUUGUGGAUUUGUUCCAUGGGCAGCUAAGAUCUCAGGUCAGAUGCAAGACAUGUGGGCAUAUAAGUGUCCGAUUUGACCCUUUCAAUUUUUUGUCUUUGCCACUACCAAUGGACAGUUAUAUGCACUUAGAAAUAACAGUAAUUAAGUUAGAUGGUACUACUCCUGUACGGUAUGGACUAAGACUGAAUAUGGAUGAAAAGUACACAGGUUUAAAAAAACAGCUGAGCGAUCUCUGUGGACUUAAUUCAGAACAGAUCCUUCUAGCAGAAGUACAUGGUUCCAACAUAAAGAACUUUCCUCAGGACAACCAAAAAGUACGACUCUCAGUGAGUGGAUUUUUGUGUGCAUUUGAAAUUCCUGUCCCUGCAUCUCCAAUUUCAGCUUCUAGUCCAACACAGACAGAUUUCUCCUCUUCGCCAUCUACAAAUGGAAUGUUCACCCUAACUACCAACGGGGACCUGCCCCGACCACUAUUCAUCCCCAACGGAAUGCCAAACACUGUUGUGCCAUGUGGAACUGAGAAGAACGUCACAAAUGGGAUGGUUAAUGGUCAUAUGCCAUCUCUUCCUGACAGCCCGUUUACAGGUUACAUCAUUGCAGUCCACCGAAAAAUGAUGAGGACAGAACUGUAUUUCCUGUCAUCUCAGAAGAAUCGCCCCAGCCUCUUUGGAAUGCCAUUGAUUGUUCCAUGUACUGUGCAUACCCGAAAGAAAGACCUGUAUGAUGCGGUUUGGAUUCAAGUAUCCCGGUUAGCCAGCCCACUCCCACCUCAGGAAGCUAGUAAUCAUGCCCAGGAUUGUGAUGACAGUAUGGGCUAUCAGUAUCCAUUUACUCUACGAGUCGUGCAGAAAGAUGGGAACUCCUGUGCUUGGUGCCCAUGGUAUAGAUUUUGCAGAGGCUGUAAAAUUGAUUGUGGGGAAGACAGAGCCUUCAUUGGAAAUGCCUAUAUUGCUGUGGAUUGGGACCCCACAGCCCUUCACCUUCGCUAUCAAACGUCCCAGGAAAGGGUCGUAGAUGAGCAUGAGAGUGUGGAGCAGAGUCGGAGAGCACAAGCCGAGCCCAUCAACCUAGACAGCUGUCUCCGUGCUUUCACUAAUGAGGAAGAACUAGGGGAAAAUGAAAUGUACUACUGUUCCAAGUGUAAGACCCACUGCUUGGCAACCAAGAAGCUGGAUCUCUGGAGGCUUCCACCCAUCCUGAUAAUUCAUCUUAAGCGAUUUCAAUUUGUAAAUGGUCGAUGGAUAAAAUCACAGAAAAUUGUCAAAUUUCCUCGGGAAAGUUUUGACCCGAGUGCCUUUUUGGUACCAAGAGAUCCAGCUCUCUGCCAGCGUAAACCACUCACACCCCAGGGGGAUGAGCUUUCUGAGACCAGGGUUCUGGCAAGAGAGGUGAAGAAAGUGGAUGCGCAGAGUUCAGCUGGGGAAGAGGACGUGCUCCUGAGCAAAAGCCCAUCCUCACUCAGCGCCAACAUUAUCAGCAGCCCAAAAGGUUCUCCUUCUUCAACAAGAAAAAGUGGAACCAGCUGUCCCUCCAGCAAAAACAGCAGCCCUAAUAGCAGCCCACGGACUUUGGGGAGGAGCAAAGGGAGGCUCCGGCUGCCCCAGAUUGGCAGCAAAAAUAAACUGUCAAGUAGUAAGGAGAACUUGGAUGCCAGCAAAGAGAAUGGGGCUGGGCAGAUCUGUGAGCUGGCUGACGCCUUGAGCCGAGGGCAUAUGCUAGGGAGCAGCCAACCAGAGCUAGUCACUCCUCAGGACCACGAGGUAGCUUUGGCCAAUGGAUUCCUUUAUGAGCAUGAAGCAUGUGGCAAUGGCUACAGCAUUGGUCAGCUUGGAAACCACAGUGAAGAAGACAGCACUGAUGACCAAAGAGAAGACACUCGUAUUAAGCCUAUUUAUAAUCUAUAUGCAAUUUCGUGCCAUUCAGGAAUUCUGGGUGGGGGCCAUUAUGUCACUUAUGCCAAAAACCCAAACUGCAAGUGGUACUGUUACAAUGACAGCAGCUGUAAGGAACUUCACCCUGAUGAAAUUGACACCGACUCUGCCUACAUUCUUUUCUAUGAGCAGCAGGGGAUAGACUAUGCACAAUUUCUGCCAAAGAUUGAUGGCAAAAAGAUGGCAGACACAAGCAGUAUGGAUGAAGACUUUGAGUCUGAUUAUAAAAAGUACUGUGUGUUACAGUAAAGCUACCACUCUGGCUGCUAGAUAGCUUGGUGGUGAGGGAGAUGACUCCUUGUAGCUGACAUUUGGCAGAAGCGUCACUGAAAGGCAAGCUAACUGUAGUUAUUUUAUCCUGUGACCCUGAAGCACAAAAUAAAAAUUCUAAUUAAAAUAGUUAACUUUAAGAGUAGUAAUAAUUUUAUUUUGAAGUCUCAUACAAGCUCUCUGACAGAACUUUCAGGCAGAUCCCACCAUUAGCCUGUAAACAAAGAGUUUGGCACCAGCCACCUGGGACCAAAUAACUCAACUGUGCUUGUCCAGACGUGAACAAAUAUGUAGUGAGUAUAGAGUUUACCAAUAAUCAUAACAAAUAUUAAAGAUUUCCUUGGAGUCAAAGUAAAAAACAAAAAAUUAUAAUGUUGUCUAGGGACGACAUGAUAUGCUACCUCCUUUUUCCUGAAGUUUUAUUCCAUUAUAUUGACAAGAUGGAGAAAGCAAGAUCAUGAAGGUGUGCAAAUGAUUCUUAUGGCAUGGAUGAUGAUUUAUUUAUUUAUUUUUUAAAUUGUUUCCCUACUCUGUCGUUCUUGCUUUUUGUUUUUGUCAUUGUGUUUGUGUUUGAGACACAACCAGUCAUUGGUGGCAGGGGCAUAUAGUGGUUAGUCUGAAAGGGAGGCUUUCUUAAGGGCUAUGUGCCUUCCACCCAGAGCCUUGUGGGAGACCCAGCAAAAAGAAAAAGCAUCCUGGGAAAUCCAGCUACCAUGGCCCUCCCAGUGGAGGCAUCUUAUAUUUAGGAUACUUCAAGUAUCCUCAGAAAUGUAUUCCACACCCCCAGCCCCCACCCAUGCUGAGGGAGGGGACGUUUGCCAAUAUUUGCAUCAUCUUCACAUGCACAUGUUGCAACAAGAGCUUCUGGGAAGGUAAGCGUCUUCGGAGCUAGAUCAAGUUUCACAAUUAGUGGUUCUUUUCCGUGUUUGUUUUGCACUUUAGAAAAGAGAGAACACAUGCAAAUGAACCUGCUUGUGUGUAUUUGAUGGCUCUAAGGGCUAUAAAUUAAAACAAAAUACAUCCCAGACGUUAGGAGUUCAUAAAUUUAUUUAAGGAAGUUGGUGGUUUUAGGAAGUCAACUUUAGUUUUGCUUUAUUUGCAUGUCCACUAAUUUUUUUAUUUUGAUAUUUGUCUUUUUAAAAAAUUUUACAGUAGUCAUCAAAAGUUAUGUUUCUUUGCUUCAUUUUUUCCUCCAAUUAUUCAAGACUGGAACAAACAUAUAAAUAUUAUUUAUUUCAGGUAGCAUUUUUUUUCUGUGUAGUGUUUUAAAUAUAUAUUUGAAGGAAAUGUUUCACCUUGUUUUUGGUCUUUGUUUAUUCAUUUAGAGCCUUCGGGUUGAUUCUCAUUAAUUGUCAGAUUCCACUACCCUUUCUUCCUCAUAGGUAGUAAUUACCAAUGUAACUAAGCAUUUGUGUUCUGAUAUCUGAGGCCAGUAACUAUUAAUAUCUAGUUCUUUUCAGAGCAUUUGGAAUGGUUACCUUAAAUGACUACCUAAGUUGAAAUCCUUUUCAGAAGAAAUAUAAUUGCAAGUAGAAAGGAGUGGCCUAAAUUGUAUAAUGUAAUAAAUUCAGACAAAAUGCAUACUUUAUAGUUUCAGAUUUUCAGUAUAUAAAAUGUGUCCAUUCCUACCUGGACAUGUCCCAUUAAAAAGUGGAAGAUUUGGGCCGGGCGCGGUGGCUCAAGCCUGUAAUCCCAGCACUUUGGGAGGCUGAGGCGGGUGGAUCACGAGGUCAAAGAUCGAAACCAUCCUGGUCAACAUUGUGAAACCCCGUCUCUACUAAAAAUACAAAAAAUUAGCUGGGCAUGGUGGCGUGUGCCUGUAAUCCCAGCUACUCAGGAGGCUGAGGCAGGAGAAUUGCCUGAACCCAGGAGGCAGAGGUUGCGGUGAGCCGAGAUCGCGCCAUUGCACUCCAGCCUGGGUAACAAGAGGGAAACUCUGUCUCAAAAAAAAAAGUGGAAGAUUUUAAAUAAUUUCUUUACAGAUGUUUUAUUUAAGCAGGUAGCACAAUCUACUAAUGUUGUUUGAUGUGUGUUUGUUAUACUGGUUGUAAUUAAUUUUUUUUAAUUCACGAACUAGCAGAAAAUUUAUUAAAUUAACUAUUAACUACAUUCACCUUGUAAAUUACUGUAUAAAACUUGUUGACAAUGCACUGACUUUAGAAAGAUGUUAAUGUACAUAAAUAGAGUGUAAAUAAAAUAGUGUUGAUGUACUGAAAUAUGAACUGUAUAAAAAGUAUUGGUCAUUGUAUAUGGGGUGUACCUGUUUAUCUGUAACUAUUAUUCAAACAAAUUAAAUACUGUGGAUGCCUCUAUGUGCUGUUUUGCCUCAUACAAGUAAACACAGAAAGUCAAAUUCUUCAA